AUGGAGCAAAUAAAAUCGCAAUUGGCCGAGAAGGAGAGAGAGAUCACUACCCUUCGGCUAAAUGAGGCAAAUGCAAAUGUAAUGGUUUCCGAAGCAAAACAAAAGAUGGAUCUCUUCAAUGAACUUGAGCAGGAUUGGCAAAAGAAACAGUUGCGACUAUGCGAGAAAAUUGACGAGUUAAGUAUGGAAUUGGAGCAGGCUAAGAACAGAACACAAAGCGAUGAAGUGAAUUCGUUGAGGAGAGAGUUGGCCUUCACAAAUUCAAUCAUUGCCGAUCAGAGGAGGAAAGAAGUGAAGUUGAAGGAAGAGAUUGAAGCUCUCAAGAAUUUCUCUGUUGAUUCAAUAAGUGUGCCACGGUUAUCGAUAGGAAGCCGUGAUGUGAAACCGAGGAUGUAUUGUGACAUUUGUGAGAAGUUUGAUCAGCAUGAUACUGAGGAUUGUCCAAAGCAAGAAGUGCAAGAAGAGAUGGUGCGAACAAAACCAAAGAAGCCACCGCCUCCAUCACGAGAAUACUGUGAUCAUUGUGAAAUGUUUGGUCAUGAUACGUUCGCUUGUAAUAUGCAGGAGAAGAAAAAGAAAAAGGAUUAUACUUUUUAA